CCGACUGGGACACGCGCGGAUGGUUGGCCUGGAUUUUCUGAGGAAUAUAUUUCUUGGAGGCGCUGCCACUGUAAAUCUUGCUGUAAAUAAAAAGAGCUGAAAGGAAACCGACCAUCAAUCUGAUUAAAAGAGAAAGAUGUGUAACAUUGCUUAAAUUGCAAAAUGUUUGCAAGAGCAGUUAGACAAGGUAUUUGUGUUUUAACUCAAGUUCCAAGAUAUGGUAGAAGAUGCAUAACACAAUAUAACCAAGAAUUACCAAAUAGAGGACGUUUACUGUAUUAUUUGAUUGGUGGUGGAACAGGGAUUGUAACUGGAUCAAUAGCCAUUCGAAGAUCACUCCAUGCUUCUGUGGAUACAACAGUAAAAACAUCUGAUGAAGCGAAAACUGAUGAAGAGUUGUCAGAAACAGAAGAUGAGUCUGAAGAAGGGGAGGUUAAAGAAAAAGGAAAGAAAAGGACAGGAUUCCGAGAUAGGAAGAUUAUAGAAUAUGAAAAUCGUAUUCGUCAUUAUUCAACCCCUGACAAAAUCUUCCGCUACUUUGCUACAAUCAAGAUGGUAGAUGAGCAAGGGGACUCAGAAAUCUACAUGACCCCAGAAGAUUUUAUAAGGUCAAUUACUCCAGAUGAAAAACAACCUGAAGGCCUUGGGCUUGACCAGUUCAUCAAAGUUACUCCUAAGCAAUUAAGAAAUGAAAGGGCGACGUUCCAGCAGACUUUUAAACAGAAGCACUUUUCUUUGAAGGAAGACAGCCUCUUUUUCCAUCUUGGAGAGUGUGGCCUUAUAUCGUUUGUUGAUUACAUGUUCUUAUUAACUGUCCUAUCUACACCUAGUAAACAUUUUGAGAUUGCCUUUCGAUUGUUUGACCUGAAUGGAGAUGGGGUCGUGUCAAGUGAAGAAUUCUCCAAGGUAACAGAUGUGAUCCGAGCUCAGACAGCUACCGGUAAGCGUCAUCGAGAUCGCAGCACGACUGGCAAUACGCUGGACAAGCACCCAACGGCUAGUUCACUGUCCACUUACUUCUUUGGUCCUAAUCUUGAUCGUAAACUCACCACAGCUGACUUUGCAAAAUUCCAUAAAGAGCUGAAGCUUGAGCUUCUCAGAAUGGAGUUUGAACGUUGUAAUCCUGUAGACGGCAGAAUAUCUGAGCAAGAUGUGGCCCAUAUGUUGUUGGUGUAUGCCAACAUCACACGAAAGAGGGAAAUUAAGAUGAUGAAACGAGUCAAGAAGAAGUACAGGGAUGACCCUAAGGGUAUAACAUUAACAGAUUAUCUAAACUUACAUGAGAUGCUAAGGAACAUCAGUGAUAUUGAUUUGGCACUUUCCUUCUACCAUGUUGCUGGUGCCUCUGUUGAUAAAGCAACCUUCAAGCAUGUUGCCAAGAUGGUAGCCAAUGUUGACCUGUCAGAUCAUCUAACUGAUGUUGUCUUCACACUUUUUGAUGAAGAUGAUGAUGAUAAGCUAAGCCAUCAUGAGUUUGUGUCAGUGAUGAAACAUCGUGUCAUGAGAGGCUUGGAUAAACCUAAAGAAGUUGGCCUAGCAAAGAUCACUAAUUCAAUGUGGAAAUGUGCAAAGAAAACGAAAAUACUGAAGGAUUCACAUUCAUAAGAACAAAGAAUAUAGAAUAGCAAGCAAACUGCCCUGAUUCAGCAUGCACGCAAUGGAAUGGUUAAAAAGUACUACUGAACUACAAGAUAUAGCGCCUGAUUAAAAAUUGAAUAGAAUUCAAAAUUUGACGUAUGCUCCUUUAAAACACAGUGCGUUUUUGAUACAAAGUUUACAUGUACUGUAUGUCUUCUUUUUUGAAGAUCGUUCUCUAGGCUGUGGUAGUACCUUUCAAGUUAGGAUUGCAUUUCAAAAAUCCCUGGCAGUUGGACCUAUUGAUGUUCUAUACACUUUGAUAUUGAAGAGUAUCACUAUUAGGAGCUCCAGUAGGAUCCUCUCAAUCAGAUUAGAUCACUUCUUGUACACUUCUAACCAAUGUUAGUGUAUGUUUUAUGGAAAGCUAUAUUGACAACAUUACUUUAAUUGAAAAGUUACAUUGACAUCUAAUGUUUAGUAGACUCUGCAAUUGAAAAGAUCUAUAGUGUAAUUUCAGUAUGUCGGUCAUACAAUGCAUGUGUCAACACUGAUGUGGCAUUAUUGUUACCCUCCCAAAUACCAAUGGAUCACACAAGUCAACUGCAAUGAGGAGUAUUCCAUAGUGUAUUGUAAGUUUUGUGUAUUAUUGUGGAAAUAGACAACAUCCAGUAGAUGUACACUGGAAAAGAAAUUGAAUGUGUUAGAGGAGAUGAUGGAAGAACUCUAAUUGUGUUCACAAGGAGUUACCAAUCAGUGUUUUUAAGAAAGGUAACGAAAUGUUAUCAGGAAAAUAAUAUUUAUGAAAUGGCAAUGGGCUGGCCAUCUGGUAAAUUGUGAGAAAAUGGAAUGACACACAAUUAACUGGAUUCAACAAACCAGGGGUUGCGCCCGCAGGGGCGGGGGGCCCUACAGGGCCCCCUGUCGGGGAGAGGUGUCUUCCCCCCCCCCCCCCCCCCGG